CAGGCAGGAUGCUGAAAUGAAGCUUUAAAAGGUCCUCAGACGUGAGGGGCAGUAGAAGAUGAAAUGAUUAGUGUAAGUGUAGAAAGACGAGUGUACAGUACAUUCUAAGGAAGAAGAUUGAAAUCAUGUCCAGAAGACAACGAACACAACUUGUGCAGCUGCUCGCCUUUGCUGCACUUUUUGCCUGUGGGCGGUGUCAGUGUCAAGCGGGUUGGAGGGAAAACAACCACAGCUGCUACUUGUUUUCUGAGAACAAAAAGACGUGGUGGGAUGCCAACUCAUAUUGUUUGUCGCAGAACAGCCACCUGAUGAGCAUCCAGGACAUUCACGAGAGGCUGUGGGUGACAACGCAGAUCGGCACAGAGAUCUUCUGGAUUGGCCUGACUGACGGCAUCACGGAGGGCGUAUGGGAAUGGACCGACGGGAGUCCUUUCCUACAAUACAUAUCAUACUGGGUUCAAGCCCAGCCCGACAACUGGGGCGACGAUCCAGGCGAGGACUGCGGUGAGGUGAUAGGCUAUAGCUCAGGUGGCUGGAACGACGAGAACUGCAAAGUCAAGAGGAAAUACAUCUGCAAGCAACGCAAUCUCAACCCAGACCCGCAGUGUGACUUGAACAACGGGUGGAGGCAGUACGGCUCCAACUGCUACAGACUGAAGGCCGACACCACAAAAAGUUGGACGGCGGCCCGACACGACUGCGUCCGGGACGGGGCGGACCUGGUCUCCAUCACCUCAGAAGGGGAGGCGCAGUUCAUCACAGGGACACUGGACGCAUCCAGUUGGGACCUCUGGAUUGGACUCUCUAAUCUGAAAUGCGACAAGAUCUCAUGUCAGCUUGAAGUGGGGAGCAACCGCACUAACUGGUCUGAUUCUGUCCCGGUGGGCUACACAAACUGGGCGCCGAAUGAGCCGAUAAUCGACACCCAGGUUGGUUCUUGUGCGGCCAUUAUUAAAAACCCCUCUGACGAAUUCGGCAAAUGGAGGUCCCACGUGUGCCGAUACGAGCGUCCCUACAUGUGUAAACGACCUGCGAACACUAUCUGCCCUCCUGGUUGGCUCAGCUUUGCUGGCAGCUGCUACUGGUUGGUUAGCAACACCAACCUUCUGACCACGUGGCAUGACGCCUUCACCAAGUGCUCCGACGUGGGGGCCCACCUACUUAUCGUAAACAGCAAAGACGAACAAUUCUUUAUAAACGGAAGACUUCCAGACUUUCACCAAGUGGACAUUCCUGACAUCUGGAUCGGUUUGUCAGAUAAAGACCAGGACGGAACAUUCCGAUGGGUGGACAAAACUGAACUCAACUUUACAAACUAUGGACCCGGUUGGCCCAGAAACACUGCAAGCAUUUGGGAUUGUGGACAGAUCUUCACAGGAAACAAUGAGGGCAAAUGGGAAACAAGCACAUGUUUCAAGAAGUCAGGUUACAUUUGUGAGAUGACGGGAGGACAAAACCCAAAACCAACUCCAGUGCCGACAUCCCACUGUGACCCCGGCUACUUGCUGUACGGGGACUUUUGCUACCAUUUCGAGGGGGAGCUGGUGAAAACGUGGAACGACGCAGAGGCUUACUGUGUCGCGGGGCAAGGUCACCUGGUCAGCUUCCACUCCCAGGAAGAGCUCAGCUUCUUAAUCGCUCACAUGCCAGGACAAUCCUGGGUCGGACUCAGUGACAUUAAGAUCGAAAGCCAGUUUGUUUACACCGACGGGACACCUUCAGAUUUCCUCCCAUGGGCCCCCGAUCAGCCGAACAAUUGGCAGAACGACGAGGACUGCGUUCUCCUGCAAGGGCCAACUCACUCAGAACCAGGAAAACUAAAUGAUUACUUCUGUACUCUUACCAAUGAGUUUAUCUGCAAAAAAGUCAAGGGACAAGGGCCGCCCCCACAACCUCCGACAUCCGGCCCAGGCUGGAAUGAAAAAUGCGGCUCGUGGACGGCCGACCCAUUUAACGACUUCUGCUACCUGUUCAACUCCCUGUCCAUGAGGACUUGGGCCGAGGCGCGAGCGGACUGCAUCAACCAGGGAGGAGACCUCAUCAGCAUUACGGAUCCCUUUGAGCAAGCGUUCGUCCAAGGUGUGAUCCAGUCCACCCCAAAUGGGGUCUCCCUGUGGAUGGGCGGCCAUGACACCAUUACUGAAGGCGGCUGGGAGUGGACGGAUGGAUCACCGUUCAGAUACGUACAUUGGAGUCCAGGUAAUCCUGACGACUACUACGGUGAAGACUGCCUGUCCAUUUACAUUAACGGCGGCUACUGGAAUGACGACAACUGUGGGCAUAAAAGAGGAUAUAUCUGCAAGAGGAGAGGGAAGACACCGAAGCCUCCGCCGCCUCAUGAUGGUUUCAUGACGGCAAUCGUGUGCCAGGAGUCGUCCGCCGUCCUUCACUGUCCGCAGGAAAGCGUCAUCAACAUUCAGUCAGCUUUCUUUGGACGAAAGAGUGGCGACAUCUGCCCGCAUUUUGGAGGAUCGGAAGGGAGCUGUACAGUGGAAGGUGUUCUGCCUUACUUCAGGAAAGCAUGUGACAACCGGCCCAAUUGUUUUGUCUACGGCUACAACGAAGUGGACCCCUGUCCCGCCAUCUCCAAAUACCUUGAGAUCGUCUACAGCUGUGAACAGAAAGUGUGUCUUCACGGCCUGGGCGUAGAAGACCACAAUGUUACAGACUCCCAGAUUUCGGCUUCCUCCUCCAUGGGCAGUUACACCCCAAACAAAGCCCGUCUGAACGGAAACUCCUGCUGGAGGCCAUUAGGAAAUCCUGCCGGCAGCUGGAUCCAGGUGCACCUUGGCCAGAAAAGAAAAGUGACAGGAAUUGUGAUCCAGGGAUGUCCCAACAAUGACUACUGGGUCACCAGAUUUAAGAUGCAGCACAGUAUGGACGGGUGGACUUGGACUGACUACACUGCUGACGGGGAGUUUUUACCCGGAUCAACCGACAGUAACACUGCUGACACUCAGCUGCUGGGUACACCUGUGUCUGCUCAGUACAUCCGCAUUCUGCCGCUGGAGUUCAGCGGUCAGGCUGGUCUUCGUUUUGACGUCUUAGGAUGCACGCCUGACUAUGCGAUCACCUGUGCCAACAAGCCUAACUUCAACUUAGCCAACGAUCAAAUGACGGUCCACUGUCCGACAGGUUGUGCCAAAUCCAGUUACAUGGUCUACGGGACGUCAUUGUAUCGUGGGGAUUCCAACAUCUGUGCAGCUGCCAUCCACGCUGGUGUCGUUCUGAACGAGGUCGGAGGAGAUUGUACUUUGCUGAAAGCAUCAGGCCUGAACUUCUAUGCUGGCUCUACGAGGAACGGCAUCACGUCAAGACAAUUUGAUGGAGAUUAUGAUGUGUCAUACACAUUUUCAGACGGGGGUAAAUUAAUCCAAGAAUUUAAACUAUUUCUGCAUGUCAACUGUCUCACUGACUCUGGGAUCUUGUCUACAGAGCUAAGAUGCUCAGGACCCAACUGGUAUGAGUUUGGGGAAUUCUGCUACAAACCUUUCGAGGACAAAAAGACAUGGGCUGAUGCUCAAGACACCUGUAGGAGACUUGGUGCUGAACUUGUGUCCAUUCUGUCUAUGACGGAGCAGAGUUGGCUGGAAAGUUACCUGUACUAUGCUAGUAGUGACAUGUGGACUGGACUAAAUGAUAUGGUCAUAGCCGGCAUGUUUGUAUGGUCAGACCAGCACAUGGUCACCUUCGCCUACUGGGCUCCAGGACAACCCAACAACCAUGACGGUUUCGGCGAAGAUUGUGCGGAAAUGUUGCAUCAGACUGGCAGAUGGAACGUUGUGUCCUGCACAAAACUCAACAGCUUCACUUGUAAAAUGCCCAAGGCGCAUUACACUCUUCCUUCUGUGAAGCCCACGGUGUAUGGAUGUCCUCAGGGCUGGGAGGCUUACGGCUACGCCUGCUACUGGAUGGAGGAGACCGGCAGGAGCUGGUCGGACGCUAAGGCUUUCUGUAAGGAGCAGGACGGCUUUUUGCUGCACAUCGGAGACGUAUACGAACAAGCACAUUUUACAGUGGUGCUGUCAGGAAAGACAGGUUUGUGGUGGCUCGGCCUGCGAGCUAAAGGAGACACUGGUGGAGGAGUGCAGUACAUCUGGGACAACGGUUCUCCACUCACUUUCACUCACUGGGACAAAAACCAGCCUGAUAACGGGGACGGUACAUGCGUAGCCAUGACGUCGGGUCAAGUCGGCGGCUUCUGGGAUGACAAGCAGUGCUCAGAGAAAUUUGCGUUCAUCUGCGAGAAACCCAGGCCGGACAUCACGCCGCCCACCAAGCCCCCGACCCCGCCUCCUGCACAGGACUGCGCUGACGGCUGGACCUCACUGCCUCACUUUAGCAACUGUUACAAGGUAGGAUUCACAUCAAGACUGUCUCUCUUUGGCGUUCAUUGGCUGACCUUCUUUCAGCUCUUUCACAAUGUGGAUUGGUCCUGGAAAAAGAGCUGGGGCGCCGCGCGUGAAGACUGCAUGUCCCGGGGUGCCAACCUGGUCAGCAUCCACAGUCAGGAAGAGGAGCAGUUCCUUUCGCUUUACAGCAAAGGCAGCAGCAAGUGGAUUGGCCUCAGGCACAACCCCACACAAGGGGGAUAUUCUUGGAGUGACAGCUCAGCGCUCUCGCACACAAACUGGGGUCCCGGCGAACCCAACAACCAUGAGAACCGCGAGGAGUGCGUGGAGAUGGUGAGCACCACCAACGGGACCUACUCCUGGUGGAACGAUCUCAACUGUGACGCUCACCAAGAUUGGAUAUGCAUGAUUAGGAAAGGGAAGACCCCCAUUAUGCCUCCGUCGCCCCCACCGCCUCUACCAGCACCAGAUUGUGGCAGCAACCCCGGAUGGAGGAAGAACAACAACAUGUGCUACUUCUAUAACGGCACAGACAUCGUGGACGCCCAUAUGGCGAUGCACCGCUGCUGGGCCGAGAAGGCCACGCUCGUCUCCAUCCACAGCAAGGAGGAGCAGGCGUACGUCAAUAGCAUGGUGGGCACAGGUGAGGUUUCCGCAGCAUGGAUCGGAUUGAGGAUUUGGGGGCUCAUCGAUGGACAAUACACGUGGCAGGACCACUCCCCCGUCUCGUACACCCACUGGAGUCCAGGUGAGCCCAACAACGCCAAUGGGGAGGAACAGUGUGUUCAGAUGAACAGACAUCAAGGUGGAUGGAACGACGUCAACUGCGGUCGAGCCGCAGCGGGUUACGUGUGCAAGAAGUUCCCCGGAGACAUACACACUCCUCCACCGCCCACGCAGCCUUGGGAGGGACACUGUCCCGCCGGAUGGCUACGUUUCAAGGACAAAUGUUUCCUGCUGAAAGGAAAAAAGAACGACAUAAAAGCCAACUGGACGUAUGCAAGGAGCUGGUGCAAAGACCAAGGAGGCCAACUGGCCGUCAUUGAUGACCAAUAUGAAAACGACUUUUUGUCCAGUUACCUGAGAGACCUGCAGCCUCCCACGUGGAUCGGCAUGUCUGAUAUACUGGUGGAAAACCAGUACGCAUGGAGUGACGGCGUCAGUCCAGUCCUUUACACUAACUGGAACGACAAAGAGCCCAACAAUGCAGGCGGGACGGAACACUGCGUGGCUAUGACGCACAACGCCCUCGUUAGUGGCAAGUGGAACGACGACGCCUGUCAUAAGGAGCACAGCUUCAUCUGCUUCAGGAAGAAAUCAAGCAGCAUAGCCCCGCCUCCUCCGACGAGCAGCCCCUGCCCAGCUGGCUACAUAUCCUGGUUCCUGAACUGCUACAAGCUGGUGGAAGAGCCCGCCAGCUGGGAUGCGGCCCAGACCGCCUGCCGGCAGCAGGGUGGCAACCUGGCCAGCAUUGACAUGAGCUACGACCAGGCCUUUGUGGCCGGGGUGGUCCUUCAGGGCAGAGCGGACGCCUGGAUCGGACUGAGGCUCCAGGAUGACGGCUCCUUUGCAUGGACUGACGGCUGGCCGGUGUUCUUCACUCAUUGGGGGCCCGGAGAACCCGGCAAUCUGAAGGAUGAAGGUUGUGUGAGCAUACGCGGAUCACCCUUUUUUCACGGCACCUGGAACGACACCAAGUGUGACCAAAGCAAAGCUUACAUCUGCAAAAUCUCCUCCGAGAAACCACCUGCAACUCCUGCUCCAGGGGACGGCAAGUGUUUCCCCUCCUGGAUUCCGUACGGUCGCUUCUGUUACUUGGUCUACAACGAGCUGAAGGGCUUCUCCUGGCCUGACUCGCGACAUUACUGCCAGUUAGCCAAGGCCGAGAUGGCGUCCUUCCACAGCAGGGCAGAGGUGGAGUUCAUCGGGAACCUGAACCACACCAAGCAUCACAACCUCUGGAUCGGCCUCAGCAGGGAUCGCAACUUCGGUUGGGGCUGGACUGACCACACGUCUCUGGGCUUCCUCAACUGGGCUCCCGGUGAGCCCAACGCAGCGUUUCAUCCGGGGGAAGUGGCCGAGGAGAACUGCGUGGAGAUGUACCCUGACGGACGUUGGAACGACAACGACUGCCUGCAGAAGAGAGGCUUUGUGUGCCGCCAUCGACAGUAUUAUACAACAGAUGAUGGAGGAAACCCCAUUUUUCCCACCGAUGGACCAGGUGCCAGCCACCGCGGUGUUAUUGUAGGCGCCACCAUUGGAGCCGUUGUGAUCAUCAGCCUAUUAGCCGGACUGCUCUUCUACAUGUUCAGUGUGAGAGGAUACAAGCUGAGCGAUCUAAGUCUGCCAACUCGAACAACCAGCAGUGUCAACGAGCCUGCGUUUGUAAACCCCAACUUUGGAGGGUAAUCGGAAACGAAACUGAAGUUUGCAUGAGAAAUACAGAAAGUAAACAAAGUUCAUUGUAAAUAUGUUGAAGGGUUAAUUUCCCUACAAUAUAUCUUUUUUGUUUCAUGCUUUCCAAUUAUUGUCAUGUUGACUGUACAGAAUCCUCAUCCAUUUGAGUGGGAAAAACAGAAGAUAAUAAAAACAUAAAAUCUAAUUAAUUUCCAGUGUUUAUUUAUCCAUGAACACUGCAACAGAAAAUUCAUAAUCCACAAAAGGAAAAAAAACAUUCUAGGUCAUCGGGGUUUGGGACAGGAAAAGUAAACCGAUCGCUUACAAAGGAAUCUGCAGGUUAGACCAUGAAAAACAAUGUGAAUUUAAGAUGAAGACAGUUUUUAAUGCUUUUUAAAUACCUUGUCUGGGAAAAAUAAAGGUUUUCAAUCAAAUCACUUUUUGCACUUUCAUCCUUUAAUUACCCACCGACUAAAUUAGCAAACAUCAAAAACAACACUUGCUCAUUUUAUGAGUUAACCAAACAUAUUUGUUCACAUUUCAUUCGUAUGAUAAGCCAACAUAAGUCAAUAAACGUUGAAAUGAUCACAAUCAACGCA